CUAAAUUUUCAGUCUACUUGUAGUCAGUUAGUAGUUACAGUUAAAAUUCGUAAUGUACUCCUACCUCUUGGUGACUCUAAUAAUUUUUGGAUUCAUCAAUGGUAGCCAUCAAUGGUUCAUUGGUGGCGCUUGUCAGUUCGGCUUCUAUCGCGAAGAUAAUAUAGGGCCGUGCGCCUAUGAAGGGUUGACUUGCGCACACUGCCAGCCUCGAUUGUUUGUGCGCCUGUUUCCAAUAUUCUUCUCAAGGAAAGUGUCUUACAAUGGUUGCCGCUCUGUGGUCAAAAAUGGAAAAACUGUAAAACUCUCAUGCGCUGUGUGUAAUCUGGAAAGAAUUCCAAGGUGCUACCAUUUUCCAAACGAUCUACCGAGAAACUGUGAGUUCCGCUGACACGGAAACAACACACUCUGGAAGAGAAAAUGA